CAGUUCCGGCGGGUGACGGUGCGGACGGGUCAGAAGCGUAGAGGCGGCGGCAAAAUGGCGGCGCCGGAGGAACGGGAUCUAACCCAGGAGCAGACAGAGAAGCUGCUGCAGUUUCAGGACCUGACGGGCAUCGAGUCCAUGGACCAGUGCCGCCGCGCCCUGGAGCAGCACAGCUGGAACAUCGAGGCUGCUGUGCAGGACAGACUGAAUGAGCAAGAGGGCGUACCCAGUGUUUUCAACCCCCCUCCAUCUCGACCCCUGCAGGUGAACACCGCCGACCACAGGAUCUACAGCUACGUGGUCUCAAGACCACAGCCAAGGGGGCUGCUCGGAUGGGGUUAUUACUUGAUAAUGCUGCCAUUCCGGUUCACCUAUUACACGAUACUGGAUAUAUUUAGGUUUGCUCUUCGUUUUAUACGGCCCGACCCUCGCAGCCGGGUCACUGACCCCGUUGGGGACAUUGUUUCAUUUAUGCACUCUUUUGAAGAGAAAUAUGGGAGGGCACACCCUGUCUUCUACCAGGGAACGUACAGCCAGGCACUUAACGACGCCAAGCGGGAGCUCCGCUUUCUCUUGGUUUACCUCCACGGGGACGACCACCAGGACUCCGAUGGCUUCUGUCGCAACACCCUCUGUGCCCCCGAAGUGAUCUCUCUCAUCAACACCAGGAUGCUCUUCUGGGCGUGCUCCACAAACAAGCCCGAGGGAUACAGGGUUUCACAGGCUUUACGGGAGAACACCUACCCGUUCCUGGCCAUGAUCAUGCUGAAGGACCGAAGGAUGACUGUGGUGGGGCGGCUGGAAGGCCUCAUUCAGCCCGACGACCUCAUUAACCAGCUGACGUUUAUCAUGGAUGCAAACCAGACCUACCUGGUGUCCGAGCGCCUGGAAAGGGAGGAGCGGAACCAGACCCAGGUGCUGCGGCAGCAGCAGGACGAGGCCUACCUGGCCUCCCUCAGGGCCGACCAGGAGAAGGAGAGAAAGAAGCGGGAGGAGCGCGAGCAGAAGCGGCGGGAGGAGGAGGAGGUGAAGCAGCAGAAGCUGGCGGAGGAGAGGCGGCGGCGGGUAAUGCGCCUGUCUCUACUCCUGACCACUCCCAAACAGAAUUUGCAGGAGGAAAAGGAAAGGAAGUUGGAGUGCUUGCCCCCUGAGCCUUCCCCUGAUGACCCUGACAGUGUCAAGAUCAUUUUCAAAUUACCUAAUGAUUCUCGAGUAGAGAGGCGGUUCCACUUCUCACAGUCGCUAACAGUCAUCCACGACUUCUUAUUCUCCUUGAAAGAAAGCCCUGAAAAGUUUCAGAUCGAAGCCAACUUCCCGCGGCGGGUGCUGCCCUGCAUCCCUUCGGAGGAGCGGCCCAACCCCCCCACGCUGCAGGAGGCCGGACUCAGCCACACAGAAGUCCUCUUUGUUCAGGACCUCACAGACGAGUGACACUUUCUCUUCCUGUCCCUCCCACCUCAACUCCUAAAAGAAUGGGGGGGACAAGAGAUAUUAUUAUUAUUAAAUACAAUAUUUUUUUUAAUGACUGCUGCAUUCUAAAGGAAGGAUCAGAAACCGCGAGGGCAGCGACGAGCGCUCCAGCCGGCGCCCACCUCCCCCUCCUGCCUCUGCACCGCACACCUGCCCCUGGGAGAAGGCUCCACCGCCAGCCCCGCCGGCGUCCCAGCGGGGAAGGGGACGUUCCACUGGUUCUCACUCAUUCUUGCUUUUAUGGAAAAUAAAAGUGACAAACCUCCAUCAACCAGCUACUGCAGCAUCUCCUAAGGACUUGCUUCUCCGGGCUCCAGGGAAGAGAAGGUGCGGAGCAGAGGUGUUCCAUGAACUUCCCACAACUUAUGAAUAACUUUUACAUUGUUUUCUGUUGCUUUGUAAUGACCAAAGGAAUGAGGCUGACAUAGGUGUAUUUUCUUCCUUUACUUGAUAAAGAGCCAAUUCUUAAACCCA